AUGAUAGUAUCAAUGUAUUUUAAUGAUAUUAAAGAUUUUAUUAAUUUAGAAAUAGGAAUUAAAAGAUUUCAAGGAAAUAUGGAACGAUUUCAUUUUAAUCCAAUUCCUUUAAAUGAACAUUCAAGAAAAUUCUUUCCUAAUAUUGAAACAUUUCAUAUUUAUAUUAUAAGUGAUGAAGAAUUUGAUGACGGAAGAAUCAAUAAAGCAAUAAUAUGGUAUACAGUUAAUUAUUCAACAUAUUUACAAGAAAAAGAAGCAGGAAAUAUCUGUAAAAAUAUAGAAUAUACAAAAUAUGAUAGUUAUAAAUAUGGAAAUACAAUACCAUCAGAAGUUAAAUCACUUGGAGAUGAAUGUUUUAAAGAUUGUACUACAUUAACAUCUAUUACUAUACCACCAUCAAUUAGGAAAAUAGGAAAUAGAUGUUUUUAUGGAUGUUCAUCAUUAAAACACAUUAAACCUCAACUAAUGCCAGUUAUAGAAAUGGGAAAGAGUUGUUUCUAUGGAUGUGGUUGUGAAGAGGAGUUGAGACAAAUGGAGGGAAUCCCAGAAAAUUGUUUUUCAAAAUGA